AAUUAACCUACUGCUCUUGAAUUCCUUGAAAGCCAACAUCAUGUUGUUCGCUUUUGGACAAGUCCAUACAAAACAUCUCCGCUGCCCAAACCGGUCGCUUAUGAGUAGAUGCUGAGGUGCCUUAUGCUUUGUUUCUGCUUCCAAACAAAGCAUCAGAUUUUCCCCCUUUUCAGCAUUUCACACGAUCCAAAUGUAGAUUUGGUCUCCCUUCUUCUUAAAUAAUGGCACCCAUCUAUUCACGGACCUAUUUUCAAUUCAAAACCCUGCUGAAUGUCCGGCUUAUAUCUGAGUUUGCACCUUAUCACGCAAGUUCUGUAACUAAACAUCUUACCCAUCAUCUGCAGAUCUGAGGAUUGCAAUGACUUUUAUCCUCCCAGAAGCUCAGUGCCCUGUAACGUCUCUGUCCUCGAAGCCUUCAUUUUAACGACACCCAUUUGAGGACUAAUAGUUGUUUGAUUCGAGGUUUUUUGGAUACCCCAAAUCCAAAAAAAUGAGUAGUAGAAGAGAUGGGCCCCUGUUGAGAGGGACUGGAUCAGCUUUUCGGGGAUCGAGAUUAGCAGUCGCAGUUGGAGCAGGAAUUUUAUUUGGGCUUAUCUGGGCUUAUCUUUACCCCCAUGGCUUUCUGCGGUCUUCAGCGCCAAAUUAUGUUUCAAAUGCCAUAUCCCAAGUGUCAUCGCAGGUGCAUUUAUCACGUGAAUCUGCAGAACAAGUGAAGCAUUUAAAUACAGAGUUGCAUACACUUGGGGAAAUGAAUGCCAAGCUAAGAAAACAAGUAAGAGAGCUGAGCUUGAAGGUCCAGCAAGCAGAACAAAUCAAAGACAAUGCCCAAAAACAGUUUUUGACCUUGGGGCUCCAAGUGAAGGCAGGGCCCAUGGGGACUGUAAAAAGCUUAAGAACAAAUCCUACAGUCCUCCCGGAUGAAUCGGUGAAUCCCAAACUUGCUAAACAACUUAAGAAAAUUGCAGUAAAUCAGGAGCUCAUUGUUGCUCUUGCCAAUUCAAAUGUUAAGGAUAUGUUGCAAGUAUGGUUUGAGGGCAUUAAGCGAGCUGGCAUUACAAAUUAUCUUGUAGUUGCAUUGGAUGACCCCAUAGUAGACUUCUGCCAAGCAAAUGAUGUACCGGUGUAUCGAAGAGAUCCAAAUGAAAGAAUAUUAAAGAACUUGCAGAAAACAGGAGACAACCAUGCUGUUUCAGCAUUGAAAUUUGCAAUGUUAAGGGAGUUUUUGCAGCUAGGAUAUAGUGUUUUGCUAUCUGAUGUAGAUAUUGUCUAUCUGCAGAAUCCAUUUGAUUUUCUUCACAGGGACUGUGAUGUGGAAUCCAUGACUGAUGGGCACACAAAUAUGACAGCUUAUGGGUACAAUGAUGUCUUUGAUGAUCCUCCGAUGGGCUGGGCUCGUUAUGCUCACACAAUGAGGAUUUGGGUUUAUAAUUCUGGUUUUUUCUACAUUAGGCCUACCAUUCCUUCAAUUGAGCUUCUGGAUCGAGUUGCUAAUCGACUUUCCAAGGAGCAAGCUUGGGAUCAGGCAGUCUUCAAUGAGGAGCUCUUUUUCCCAUCUCAUCCAGGUUAUGAAGGGCUUCAUGCAUCAAGACGGACAAUGGAUUAUUAUCAAUUUUUGAAUAGCAAAGUUCUGUUUACAAGGUUCAGGAAGGAUCCAAACAUGGCUAGUUUUAAACCAGUUGUUGUCCACAUCAAUUAUCAUCCAGAUAAGCUUCCUAGAAUGAAGGCUGUUGUUGAGUAUUAUGUGCAUGGAAAGAAAAAUGCUCUUGAUCCUUUUCCUGAUGGUUCUGAUUGGUGAUCAGUGAGGGAGAGGCAUAGUUGUAAGUUGUUGGAGAGACUGAGCAAUUUACGAUGCUUCUCAUUGUCAGUUUCUUUCCAUUUUGGCAAUCUUCAGAGUCUACUGCAAAGUGGAAAGUCCUUUAUAUUUUAGGCUACAAGGGAUCCAAUAAUUUUUUCAUAAGCUUUCUGUCAACCUGAUGCCUCACGGAUGUUCAUUUUCUGGCAUUAGAGGAUUGCUCAUUUACACUUUGAAUUUUCUCAUAGUAUAGUUGUUAUGCCAAGAAAUGAAAAGGAUUUGUUCCUUUAUUUCAA